AUGGCUUCCAAAGACGAAGAAAAUAUAAGUUCAACUCAUCCAGUGGCUUUAUCAAUGCUAUCAAAACGUGAAGACUUAAUACCAGCUACAUCAUUUGAGUCUUCCGCAAACAAUGAUAACGAUAACGAAGAAGAUCAACGAAUUUCUUCACAAUUAAGUGGCUCUUUUUACUCUGGCAUAGACUCUCUGAACAUCUUAUCAUCACAAGAGAACGAUAUCUUAAUGAAUGCUGAUCCAAUCAGCGUAAAGAACAACAAAAGAACGUUCGAUAGCCUUUUAGAAGAAAAAUCUGGUGAAUAUCAUGUCAUAUCACAUGAUUCUGAUGCACCAGUUUCGAAAAAAAUUAACUCUACGACAUCUUCAGCUGUAAAUCAAGCUGAGACUCAGAAUAUCCAAUUAUCAUCUUUUUCAUUUAAACCAGUUAAACGUAAAACUCGAAAAGUUAUGUAUAAAAUUACGAAUGAAAAGGAAAUUAAUUCUUCCGGUAAUAAGAAGGCUCGUCAUGAUUCUUCCACACAUGCAUCACAAUCAAUGUCUUCACAGAAGGCAACCAUUUUCGCAUCUGAACGGAUUCAUUCUGGCCCAUCUAAGACAACUCGAGGGAGGAAAAAAAAAUCGACGCGUGAAGCUGCUUUACCAAAAAAUAUAGGACCUCCAUUGAACCCUGUUGGCAUAUUUUCAAACUUUCGAAUCUUUUUUAUUCCAAAUAAUAUCGAUAAAGUUCGUUUGAGAUUAUUGAAAGAAAAAGUAAUCGAAAGAGGAGGACAAGUAGUCGAUGGUGAGUUUGGUGCUUCGACUACGCACGUGAUCACAGCUUUACAAGGACGAAGAAUUUUAAAAAUUUUAGGAAUUCGUGAAAACAAUGUGCCUCAGUAUGAAAAACUCGUAGAUAUAAACCCAUAUAUUGUACAGACAUCAGAUACUCAGCAGAUAGAAAAAAAUGUUCAUGACAAUGACGAAAAUAAAAGAAACGAUAAUUAUAUAAAAAAAAAACAGAGACAAGAAUCCAUGUCUCCAAAAAGGCGAUCCUCUUCUCCACCCUCUGUCACACCAGAAGUAUCCGCGCCAACUUAUGAAUCACCACCAACUGUUAGUAAUGUGAUUUCGGGUGGUGAUGAUCCCUUGCUGGAAAUGAUUGCGGAGACCAAAUGUCUUGUAGAUGCGGUAAAUUAUAAAUAUACUUUAUUAUAA